AUGUCAACCUCACCGACCGCCGCCAGUACCAUCUCACCCUCGACAUCAGACACAACAUGGCCAACCAGAGACAUCGUCUACGUCGGCAUCGUCGGCACAGUCAUGCUAGCUGCUCUCCUCGAAUGGUUCCUCUGGCUGCUCGCCUUCCUCUACUGCCUCGUCAAAGUCUACCAGAAAGCCAGCGGGAAAGGCAGGCUAGGCAUCCGCGCCCUCGCCGUGUUCAACAUCAUCUUCUUCGUCCUCAUGCGCUGCGUCUUUCUUCCUGUUAUGGUUGUUACGCUCCCUUUGCCGCCGGGGAUUGUGCGAUACUUCCCGCGCGAGCUGAUUGCGAUUUUGCAGUGGUUUGCGUUUUACACUUUCGCCGCUUUGCUCACGGUUCCCUGGCUGUUUUGCGUUUUCCAGCUCGUUACGCAUAAUCUCGGACGCAGGCGGCAGAUCAAGACGCUGUUGGAUGAGCACACGGCGCCAAAGGUUGUCAUCAUCUUGCCGUGCUACAACGAAACCCCUGAGAUCUUGCUGAGGACGGUGGACUCUAUCGCUAAUGGCGAUUACCCUGCGCCGUGUCUGCAUGUCUUCCUUUCUUUUGACGGCGAUGAGGAGAAUAAGCUCUAUCUCAACACCAUCGAGCAACUGGGCGUUCCUCUCACGCUCGAGAGCUACCCGACGAGCAUCGACGUGCGGUACCGGGGAUGUCGAGUCACAGUCUCUCGAUUCAAGCACGGAGGCAAACGCAGCUGUCAGAAGAAGACGUUCAAAUUGAUAGACAAGGUUUACGCGGACUACCUGCGCCGCAACGACAACUUGUUCCUCUUAUUCAUCGACUCCGACUGCAUCCUCGACCGCUUCUGCAUCCAGAACUUCAUGUACGAGAUGGAGCUCCGUCCAGGCAGCAAUCGCAGCAUGCUCGCCAUGACUGGCAUCAUCACCAGCACGACAGUCCGUCACUCCCUCAUCACCCUUCUCCAGGACAUGGAAUACGUCCACGGCCAGCUAUUCGAGCGUUCCGUCGAGUCAGCCUGCGGCUCCGUGACCUGUCUCCCCGGCGCGCUGACCAUCCUACGCUUCUCGGCCUUCCGUCGUAUGUCCAAAUACUACUUCGCGGACAAAGCAGAGCAAUGCGCCGACCUCUUCGACUACGGCAAAUGCCAUCUAGGCGAAGACAGAUGGCUGACGCACCUCUUCAUGAUCGGCGCGCGCCACCGCUACCAAAUCCAACUCAACACCGCCGCCUUCUGCAAAACGGAAGCAGUGCAGACCUUCGCCAGCCUCCUGAAGCAACGCCGCAGAUGGUUCCUAGGCUUCAUAACCAACGAAGCCUGCAUGCUAACCGACAUCCGACUCUGGAGACGCUACCCUCUGCUGAUCCUCAUCCGUCUCGCGCAGAAUACUAUCCGCACUACGGCUCUGCUCUUCUUCAUCAUGGUCCUCUCUCUCCUCACUACAGCUGAGAGCAUCACCAACCUCCCCGCGGGCUUCAUAGCCGUGUCUCUCGGACUCAAUUGGCUGCUGAUGUUGUACUUCGGCGCCAAACUCCACCGGUACAAAAUCUGGCUGUAUCCCCUUAUGUUCCUGCUCAAUCCCCUGCUCAACUGGACUUACAUGGUUUACGGCAUAUUUACCGCCAGUCAGCGAACCUGGGGCGGACCGCGCGCUGACGCGAAAAAAGCGGACGCGAGCACGACGCCGGAAGAAGCGGUGGAAAAGGCAGCAAAAGAAGGCGACGAACUCAACGUCGUGCCGGAUACAUUCAAACCCGCUCUCGAAGCUUCGUCCCAUCAAAUGCACGCGCACACGGCGCCCGUGCAGCCCGCACGUCGCCUCGCAGGCAGGUUCGCGCCGGCGCCGGAAAUCGCCGCGGGUUGGUUCAGGCAGGAGAACGACUCUGGCGUU